AUGGCAGAAGGUGUUACCCGGUACAUAACCGACCCGCCAGCUGGGGCUGUUGUUGUGCAAGACAGACAGAGCCUCAACGACAUAGUCCGCGCCAAUCCCGAAACAAUUCUAAGCCCCGAGAACGGAGGUUACUACCUGAAUACCAUGGAUGGUGAAACAUUGGCAAUAGCUGGCGAUGAUUUGUGCGUGGAAUUGGAUGCUGCUAUCGCAAGCGCCGACGCUAUGGACACCGAUACUGAGGAUGAAGGAAAGGCCAAGCCUUAG